AUGGCUGCGGAAGCCAGCAAGCCCGUGGUUGAGUGCCUGGACGUGGACAACUAUGCCACCUGGCGGAUCCUGAUGAAGUAUGUCCUCAUCUCCAAGGGCCUGUGGGCCGCUGUGGAGAGCGACACGGUCGAGCAUGAAGCUGACCAGAAGGCACUGGCCACCAUCGGCCUGUACGUGAAGGAGCACCACCUGUCCACGCUGGAGCGCUGCGGCACCGCCAAGCGAGCCUUCUGCAUGGCUUCCGCCAGCUGCUGCUGCAGCAGGCUGUAG